AAACUCUUUUACCUUGGGAGAAAUAUAGGCACCAUUAUGAAGAGCAGCCAUAUUGCCUUCCUUUGGGGAAUCAUCUUCCUGUCCCUGAUUGGAGUUCAAGCACUCCUGGUCUCCAAAUCAGGACGCUGCUCCUGCAUCGAUGUCAGUGAAGGCAGGAUCCAGAAAAGAACCAUACUGAGACUUGAGCAGCUUCCUCCAGGUCCUUUAUGUUCAAACACUGAGAUCAUUGCCACACUGAAGAAUGGGAUGAAAAAAUGUCUGGACCCGGAUUCUCCAUAUGUGAAAAAUUUGGUAAAAACCUGGAAGAAAAUGGUGAAUAGCAAGGGGAACAAAAAGAAGAAACCAAAAGCAGGAAACAAAAAACGACAAAUCAAGAAUGCUGAAAAGGCCAAAAAGACUCAACAUGUUCCUAUACAGAAGACUGUGUGAGAGGCUACUUAGUCAACAAGUCUUUCGAGUUCAAACAUUUAAAAGAAAAAAAAAAGUUAAGAAAAAUUCUAAGUGUUAAAAAUGUAUCAGAAAAUUUAACUAUUAUGGCAACCAGACAUAUUAAGCAUGAUGAUGAAAUAUUAAUGAUUCUUGGAUGUUAUCUUAGAAAACCCAGUCACUUCUCAGUCUAGAGUCUACAAUGUGUAAUGAGGAAAAAGACAGGAGCCCCUCGAUGGGGAACAAUGACCUCUUUAAGUUGAUGAAAGAUCACAACAAAGAGAAUCAAAACACAUUACAGAGAGAAAAUAAAAUGUCUGCAUUUAUGUAUACAUGGACAUACACAUACACAUACACAUACACACAUAUACCCUGAUACUGACAAAGAUUCUCCCGUGCACACAUAUGUCAUCUAAGAAGCUGCUGGGGGAAAUAUCCCUGCAUUUGCCUGCUAUACAGCCCAUAUGACAGGUAGCCACCCAUGAAGUCCAAUUUAGUUGACUCAAUCCUUGACUAUCUCCUAGCUCCUAUCCCUGGGCAUUUCAUUUCAUGCCCAAUAGAAUGACUAGGGCUUAAUUCAUUUCUUUUCUCCUUCCUCCCUACCCAAUAGCUGGAUGCUGUUGAGUUACUUUGGCCUAUGGCGGACUAAUUAAAACAAUCUAUAUGUCUCACAAAAAUUGCAAGGGUUGUAUACAACCCUCCUUUUGACUUGGUAGCAGUUAGGGACUCAGGAACCUGCUAUGAUAUUCACCUUGACCCUGAUCUUGAGGACAAAGAGACUUGUGGGAACAAGGAAGAAGGCAUUGUAAGCAGAAGGAUCUACUGAAAGAGGUGCUACGUUGGACUGAAGGAUGUGACAUCGGGGCAAAAUGGGCUCCCAGAUUGCUGAGAAUAACAACUAAGCAGAUGUGGCCGACUUUGCUGUCCCAAAGUGAACUUGGAAGAGAAAUGGUGAACUCUAUUCUUCUUUCUCUCUUCUUUUCCAAUCCAGGGGAAAAUAAGUUUCCUUGGAGCCUGUUAACCCCUUCACUUUCUUUGCCCUCUAUAGUUGUUUGGAAAAGACCCUUGGGGUUUUAAGGAUGUAGUGAUUUUUCUCGAUGUUCAUUACCCCUUUCAAACCUUUAAUAUUUUGAGAAAACCUACUGGCCAAUAAAAGCUUAGUCAUUUUUUUAAAUGACUUAUUGUGCAUAUAUGUAGAUAAGAGAGAAAGGGAAAGCUCCCCUUUUAUCAUAAGCCUCCUAGAAACAUCAGGGGGCAAAUAUAGUCAAAUAUCCUGAGAUCUGUUUUCUGUCUUUUUUGUGAAAGAAAUCAUUGCCUCAGAAAAUUCACAGCCUGGGAGAGAAUAGUCACUUUUAGGCUGAAAGACUUGGGCUGAAUCUCAUUUUCUCGAGCUUCCCCUAGCAUUUAAAAAUCCAAUCCAAUCCAAUAAAUGUGUGUCAGGGAAUACAAUUAAUUUUUUAAAAAAAGACCUUUCAAGGAGUUUACAACUAAAGCAACUCUCCUCUGAAAGUGGGUAUUGGGAUGGUUGGAGUGAUGGGACAACAUCGUAUAUAAAUAACAGGUUACCUGAAAGGACUUGAUUGAGCUUGGGGGAUUGACAAAGCAGUGACAUCCUACAAUCCCAGGACAUCACCUGGGCCUAAAAUUUCUCACAUGCUCCCCCAAUUGGAAAGACAAGCCAUAACUCCUUCAGGGUCACCAUGAGGAAAUCACUUUGCAAAACCUUCGAGUCUUACAUAAAUGAGUUAGUUAUACCACCAGAAAUAUACCAGCCUCUGGCUUUGCAGGCCAUCUAUACUCUGACCCGAUAUCAUCUAUCUGAGCAUAAUGUUCUCCAAUAUUAUACACUCUGUUCCAACUAAUUUUCCUGUCUCCCAACUCAUCCAGCAUCUCUUGUUCUAAUAAACCCACAGCACUCAUCCCCGCCUGCUGCCUUUAUCCACUUUUUGCCUCCUAUGCCCCAAAUGACCUGCUUCCCCACCCUAGCCAAUACCUGUCCAAUCUUGUAUACCUCAGUUAAAGUCUUAAGGUCCUCCACCAAGCCUUUCGUGACUAUCUACCCCAGCUCCUCCCUUUUCUAGAACCUCGCUGUGCUUGAAGUUAGUGCCACAGGAGUUGAUACUUCCUUGUCUUCUAGUUGUUUCAUUUUUCUCCUCGAAGACAUUGGAAGCUCCUUAAACAACAGAGAUCAUAGCGUAGCGUCAUAGACUAAAAGCUGAAAGUGAACUUGGAUGUCAUCGAGUCCAACUCCCGUGUUACAACCACCUAUCCGUGUCUCAUCAGUGUUAACUUGUCUCCUGCUAGGUCUGAGGAACAUAUAACAUAACACACACACACACACACACACACACACACAUAUUAUGUAGAAUGAUUGGAUCUUUGCAAGAGAUCUUCAAGGUUGUUCCUUCCUCUGGUCCAGUCUUCCAUUGUCUAGGCAGCAGUCUUUCUCAUAGCAUCCCUAGGAAAUGUAGCCUCUGAUCCAUGUGAUCUGGGGUACUAUCUCCCAAGAUACUUAAGAAAGUUCAGUUGAGAUAUAUAUAUGAAUUUCAUUCUCAGUUUUGCUUAUAUCCACUUUGCUAUUAAGUUGAGAACUUUCCAAUAUCCUAUCAGCUCUUGGACAGCCACUUCGCAUCAGCAAGCACCAUCCGCCCUUUGAGAAGUUUCAAGCAGCUGCUUUCACUGAUGAGCACAACAAAGAGAGCAGCUGCCUCUGUUGCCUCUGUGAUGGUUGGAGGAAGAGGGGAAUGGACAGUGAUGCUCUAGCAGCACUAGAGGCCCAUGGGUCCUUCUUUCAGAGGCCAUGCUAGAGGACACGUGGUUCCUGCAGGGCUUGGGGAGCCAACAGAAAAGGGAGGGGGGCAGUGAAUGGGAUAGGAGGGGGAGGAACUUUGCAAAAUUUUGCUCAAAAGAUCAGAAAAUAAAAGUAAAUGUAAUUUCUCCUUAUUUUUCCCCCUCUGUCCUCCUCUGGAUUAAAUUUUGAGUGAUUCACUGGCUUUGUCCAAAUAAUAUGUUAGAGCUACUCUUAGAGGCAAGAAGUCCCUUGACAACCUGACUGCUUUCAUAAUUUGGGGGCAGGUAGCCCAUUUUUUCAUAUAAUUUGUUUAUAAAAGAAAAGAUCUCUUAUCUUAUCUCAUUGCAAAGUACUCAAAUGCUUACAUAUCACAACCUCCCUGAAUUUCAGUUUCCUCAUUUAUAAAAUGGUGUGGUAAUAUUAGCAGCAACCUCACAAGACUGUUCUGAGAAGCAAAUGAGAUAACUACAAGUAAAACAGCAUUGUCAACUAUACUCAUAUAAUACACACACAAAUAUAUGCUAUAGACAGCUUAUUAAGCAGAAAAAAUGAGCACCAUAUUUUGGAAUUUUUAGAUAGAAUAACUACCACUUAUAUGAUAUAGUCUGUAUCUUGAAAUAUAUU